GAUUUUGGAAGCAAAGCUGCCCCAUGCAACCCAACAUCGAUUCGACCGCGAAGGGUACCGGUUUGGCAGUUGAUAUAAUCGGAGAGUCCACGUAGAAGUGACGAAAAAAGAGAACAACGAUUGCUCCAUGGUGAACAGACUUUGCGAUCUUGCAUUUUGUUCGGUGAACGUGUUCCAUUGGUAGCUAAAAUUACGCUCUAUCACGAGAGCAUUUCCGAGCGUGAAAGCAAAUAGGAAAAAUCAUGCAGAACUAUGGACACGAGGAUUACAACUAUGGAGCGUCGAAUGAUGCGUCCGAUGUGCAAUCAACGAAUAGGGCUCUCCCUCAAGUUCCGAGCGCUAGACCGAUAGUGGACCCGCAAGCCGAGGGUGAGGUAGAUCCCACCAUGUAUCCUCAACCGAAGGAAGCCACGCAUAAGAUACGCGGUAAGAGCGAUAUCUUGGAGUAUCUCUUCGGUUCCGUCGAUCAAGAACUCCUCACCGUAAAGACUUUCUACUUUUUCUUCUACUCGGCCUUUGGUUCCCUGUUUCCGCUUAUGGGAGUAUAUUUUAAGCAAAUGGGUAUGAAUGCCGGACAGUGCGGUCUCCUCAUCGGUCUCAGGCCGUUCAUUGAGUUUCUCAGCGCUCCUUUUUGGGGAUCCUUAGCCGAUAGAUGGCAAAAAGGCAAACUUAUUCUAUUAGCUUCUCUUUCUUGCUGGAUUAUUUUCACUCUACCAUUGGGUUUCAUUCAGCCACCGCCAACUUCCUGCAUGGUUAGAACAGAAAAUUAUACUUAUUAUCUGGAAGCAUCCAACAGAGAACAAAGAAUUGUAAAAAGAUCGACCGACCUGGAUGAAUUAUAUUAUUCCGAAAAUAAAGAAGAGUAUCUGGAAGUUGCAUCUAAUGUCGUCUUUGAAAGAUUGCGACGAAAUACAGAUGAUAAUGAAAUAUUAGAUUAUAUGAAGAAACCAAAUUCUCUGAAAGAAACUAAUCUGUUCGAAAUACCUUUUGACAUCGUGAAAAAUGAUAUUACAAGUUUCGAUAAUAGCGAUUCUAUUGUAUACGAUUUGGAAAAUAACAGAGUCAAGAGACAAACAUCUUUCACGAAUAAGAACAACAUCGAAAAUCUGAGAUAUUUAAUACACGAAGACAAUGUCGAUUCAGAUUCAAAGACAAUCGAUUUGGAGUCAUUGCAAAAGAAAAAUCGUCCAGACGAUGUCUUGGAAUAUAAGCGUUUCAUGAAGAAUGAACGAAUAAUUGAUAGAGCAGUCCCAAAGAAAGCUCAAGUUCGUACUAAAACACGUGUUAAACCACCACCGGAAAAAAUAAUGGUAAAACGAGACGUAGAAAAAAAGCUAACAUUUUUGAAUGAGAACGAUAUUAAAAUUGAUGACAAUGAAGAAGAAACUAAAAGAAAUAUGGACAUACCAUUAAUGAGAAGUCGCAGAAGCAUAAAAACGCUUCAUGGCACCAUCUUUGGACAGAAUCAAUUGUCUCCUUUAUCGAUUACUUAUGCUACAAAUUAUAACGAAAAAGAACAUAAAGGAUGGGUGAAACCACUCUUUAGUUCCAUAGUCUAUAGAUUACCGGAUAUUCAAAAAACCUUCUUUCUUCUGCUACUAUUGGUAGUAGUCGGAGAAUUUUUUUCUGCGCCUGCUAUAACUUUAGCCGAUUCAGCUGUUAUUACUUUACUUGGUGAAGAUGCUGAUAGAUAUGGUCAUCAACGUAUGUUUGGAAGUCUUGGAUGGGGUUUAGCCAUGUUUUUUGUUGGAAUUGCUCUUGAUCAUAGCACCGCAUUUCCGGAUCAUCCGUGUAUCCCUGAUGACAGAGAAAAGAAUUAUACAAUUUGUUUUGCAAUAUUCAGCGUUUUAAUGGGUGCUGCGUUAAUAACAGCAACGCAAAUUAAUUUCAAGUAUGAUUUUGCGUCUGAGUAUCCGCAAGAAGAGAUGGGUCCGGCUGAGCCAACGCAAGAAGAAAAGCUUCAAAGUCAAUUGUCUCAGCAGCUUAAUCUUCCUGGACUUCAAGACUCUUCAGCUGCUGUAGAUCCUAAACCUCAACCUCCCGAAGGAAAGACUAAAAUGUUUGCACAAACUACAAGAGAAAUACCAGAAUGGGUGACAGUAUUGAAGCAAUUCAAGAAUUUGAAAUGCGCCUCAUUCCUUUUCGUUGCAUGGUUUAUGGGAUUUGGCAUAGGAUUGAUCUUCACUUUUCUCUUCUGGCAUCUUCAAGAUUACGGUGGUUCGCCAACUCUAUUUGGCGUGGCGUCAGUAAUCAAUCAUAUCUCCGAAAUCUUCGCAUAUUUUUUCAGUUUCAAACUUAUUCGACAGAUCGGACACGUCAAGGUAUUGUGUUUGGGUCUAGGUGGAAAUAUUCUUCGAUUCCUUUACAUAUCUUGGCUAACAAAUCCAUGGUGGGUAUUGCCUUUCGAGUUCAUUCAGGGUAUUACACAUGCGGCUGUAUGGGCCGCAUGCUGUAGCUACAUCGCCCAUAAUACACCGUCGCAGUUGCGUUCGAGUGCUCAAGGUGUUCUUCAGGGACUUCAUCAUGGGCUUGGAAGGGGAUGUGGUGCAGUAAUUGGUGGCAUGUUUGUUGCAGCUUAUGGUACGACUGCAACUUUCCGAGCGUACGGUCUCAUUUGUAUCAUUGUCCUAGCAGUCUUUGUCUUCAUCAAUUUCUAUAGAAAAGAUACCGGUUUCGUAUCUGAAUUACCACCAACGGAAGAUCCGCAUCAAGUAGCCGAAGUUACUCAUUUGGCACCACAUGGUGUACCAAGUAAUGCUAUACCGAGAGCCCUCAGUUCUACCCGCUUACAUGAACUAGCUAAUCAAGAUGCUGGUUAUGGUGCUACUUAUCAAACUGCUGGUGGAAAUCUGGCCGUACCCGGUGCUAAUGGAGGUCCUGGCAAUCCAACAAAUCCAUUCAUAAACGGCGGAGGUGGCGGCGAAGGUGGAUAUAAUUACGGUAUGACUGGCAAGGGAGAGGACGAGUAUAUUCGUAGGAGCUUCCAGAUCUACAAUGAAGUGGUGGGUAGGGAAUUCGAUGUCGUAAAACCAACUAUUCAACUACACGCCCAACAACCAUGCACCAAUCCUUUUCAUCAACACGACUACGACUGUCUCUCACGGAAAGGACUAUUGAAGAAACUACGGUUCUUAAUAAAUCAUUUGGACUUACGUAUGAUCGUAAAGUGCUUCAAUCGAGGACUGUUUGCCGAUGAUCCGGAUAUUAUCUGCGUCGGAUACAACGAGAUCGUGCGACGUGGUUUGCACAACACUGUGUAUGUUGAAGCUAUAGUCAACAGAUACAAGGAGUUGUACGAAUGCAACGCACUUAUGAUUCCCGCUAAUGGUAAUACAUUGUUGGAAAAUUCUCAGGGUGGUCAUACAACCUUGAUGGGGCAAGGAAAUUCACCAAAAUCUAUUCUCAAAAGAACAUCGGAAGUAGAUAUAGAAGAUGUUACCAGUGCGAAGAAACGUCAUAAAAAUCCACAACCGAAAAAUGCAGUAUGUGCAUUAAACGAGCUAAAAACUGGAGCUACGUACAAAGUAGUGGGGCAGACUGGACCUACACAUGCUCCAAUAUUUACAAUUGCGGUACAGAUCGAUGGACAGACGUACGAAGGGAAAGGACGUACCAAAAAGAUGGCAAAACAUGCAGCUGCUGAACUCGCUUUGCGAAAUAUUAUUCAGUUUAGAAAUACGCCCGAGGUUCAUCAAGCUAUUAAUACUUGCCAGCCUGUUGUGCCUCUCGAGCCGGAUUUUACGAGCGACGUAACAGAACGUGAUAAUCAUCUUGUCAAUGCAUUUAAAACAUUAACACAAGAGCCAAAGAAUACGAAUAAGUUUUUAGAUAAAGGUCCAGUGGCGUUGAUCAACGAAUUAUAUCCGGGAGUUAUAUACAACUGUAUAUCCGAUAAUGGAGAAAGUUAUGCAAAGUUUACGAUAUCGGUAACUAUUGACGGAGAAACGUUUGAGGGAACAGGCCCGAGUAAAAAAUUGGCGAAAGCGGCGGCGAGUAAAGCCGCUUUAGCGAAAUUGCGAAAUGUCCACAGUUCUUCGUUUUGUAUACCGCUACCUGUUCGCAUUUUGCCGAAUUUUUCAAAUUCUGCGCAUUGGCAAGAACAAAUGACUUUACCGCAAAUGUUGGCCGAUAAAAUUGGCAAAAUGGUAAAUCAGAAAUUUAGCGAACUUAUUCAGAGCAAACCGCAACAUGCACGGCGUAAAGUUUUAGCCGGUAUUGUGCAAACCAAAGGACCAGAUGCGGAACUGAUAUGUGUCACUACUGGUACGAAAUGCGUUUCGGGCGAGCAUUUGAGCGUUAGUGGUGGUGCUGUGAAUGAUUGUCACGCGGAAGUUGUAGCACGGCGAUGUCUCUGUGAAUAUCUGUACAAACAAUUAGAGUUGCAUACCGAGGAUAAAAGUGCAGAAUCUAUUCUCGAGCCAGUUAAAAAAGGAUUUAAAUUAAAACAAGGCAUCCAAUUUCACUUAUAUAUAAAUACCGCACCUUGCGGUGACGCGAGAAUUUUCUCGCCUCAUGAAGAAAAUGAAUCCAUAGAUAAACAUCCUAAUAGACGAGCUAGGGGUCAAUUACGUACCAAAAUAGAAUCUGGCGAAGGAACUAUUCCUGUAAAGAGUAACGAGGGUAUUCAAACUUGGGAUGGCGUACUAAUGGGUCAAAGACUGCUGACGAUGUCGUGUUCGGACAAAAUAGCUCGGUGGAACGUACUUGGUGUGCAGGGUGCACUUCUAAGCCACUUCAUCGAGCCAAUUUACUUCCACAGCAUUGUUCUCGGCAGUCUUUUGAACCCGAGUCAUAUGUAUAGAGCAGUCUGCGGUCGUAUCGAAAACACUAUUCAAGGUUUACCACCGCCGUAUAGACUCAAUAAACCGUUAAUGAGUCUAAUCACAUCUUCUGAAGUCAGACAACCUGGAAAAGCACCUAAUUACAGCGUCAAUUGGACUAUCGGACAGAGCGAAGCCGAAGUCAUAAAUUGCACAACUGGUAAAGAUGAAUUGGGAAAACCAUCUAGAAUAUCUAAGCAAGCAUUCUUUAGAAGAUUCUUUAAUCUCUUAAGUAAGCUUCCAACCAUAGAUGAUGUUGAUGAGAAUCGUUGUCGCCAUUAUCUUGAUGCAAAAUCUUCAGUACAAGACUAUUCGCUUGCCAAACGUCAGUUGAAGGAUGCUUUUGUGAGAGCGCAGCUGGGAAGUUGGGUGAAAAAACCGAUUGAGCAAGAUAUGUUUGAAGUCGACAUCUGACUAAAUCGUAAUAGUAAUAACAUCAGGAGAAACGAUGCAAAAAAUCAAGUCACGGAAUAUGUAGUUCCUAGUGCAAAAUAGAUAGCUCGUUCGGCGUGUCAUAAUAUGGCAGAAUUUGGUAUCAGUAAAGCAUAAAUCGUAGGAUUUCGCGCAUGUAUUAAUCUUGCGCCUUAUGAUCUCAAUAUAUUUAUCGUGUUCAGAGUAUAUUACGAAAAAUAUUUAUAAUUAUUAACAGUUUUGUUCUCUAAAGUGUAGUCGAUAGAAAAAUGCUCCAGAAGCUUAUAUUAUUUUGACGUAUCAAUAGCGAUAGUUGACAAAAAAUUGAUUCAUUCAUUACACAUAUCCGUGAAAAUUUCUUAGAGUAUUAAUAUAGUUUGUAAUGUGUAUGUAUGUGUGUCCACGCGUGCAUGUCGACGUGUUAGUGCUUCUCAUCAAUAAACUUUUCAAAGGUUUGAUGCACUCUUUGCAACAAAUAAUUAAAAUAUUUAGUAAAAAAAAAAUUUAUAUUCAGAUAUGAUUCUUUUCUUACUCUCAGAAUAAUUUUGUCAUUUUCUGUAGACAUAUUUUUACAGUUUAGUCUAUUAAUUUUAAUCAUCAAAUAGACAUUUUUGUUCAUUUCCAUAAUAUAGGCGACUAAUUCUGAAAGAACGAUUUCGCGAAUAUAGUCUUGAAUUAAAAUAUAGUUUAAAAGCAACAUAUUAGUGUCUUAUAUAUAAAUGCAUUGUACCUACAAUAUCCUCAGAUAACAUUCUAGGCCAGAGAUACGCAAAUUUUAUGAGUAGUUGCAAAUAAUAAAUAAUAUCUAAUAUUUCCUUUCAAUAGGAUUAUAUAUAAUUUGUCAAUUGAUGUAAUGCAUUUAUAAUAGUAUGCACUUAUACGCAUGACACGAACAUUGUGUAUCAUACACAAUAAACAUAUCUUUGCAUAAGUGUGUAUGAAAGCUAAUCUUUCUCAAUUAAAAUCUUGCGUAUUUCUGUUUAAAAUUAUCUGAAGUUUAAAACUUUGUCUGUAAAUUAGAGAAUGCUAUCUGGGGUCUUCUUGUAGGGCAUUAGAUAUUAUAGCAACGAGUUAAGUUGCGACACACCUUGCAUCCUCAACGGCUGUGAUUGGAUUCAGAUCUGAAAAAUGGAUCGUAAUCGUAAAAGAUACCAACUUCGUCGCAAAGUUUAGGCGAGAGAGACGGGACAGAAUUUCUCAUCACUAGUUUCAAUAAUAAUUUCAAUUUUCCGUUAUAAUAGCAAUGUAAGCGUUUUUUCGUUUAUCCAUUUUACUCUUGCUUAGAAUUAAUAUUACAUUCAGAAAUACAUCUAAUUGUUAGCUUUCAAUAUAUGUGUUUCUUGUAACAAAAAAAAUAUUGCGUUUUAAAGAUAUCGCAUACAAAAAAUCUUGACAGCGAAUUAAGAACAUGAGAUAUAAAUUAGAAAUAUACUAACUGUCUGCAACUGUCCGCAGCCGGUUUAAAUGUAGUAGUUGGUUAUUACUUUCAAUGCAUAGAGAAUAUACAAGAAAAUAUACAAGAAUUAAGCAAAUAUGUGGAAGUGGGUGGUAUAUAAAAAAACAUGAUAAUAAUUACUUAUGCGACGUGUAUGAUUACAUAGUUUUUCAGAUUAUUAAGUAUUAAUAGUAUAUUUAGAGAAUCCUAAGGUCAUUGCCUCACUGUGCCAGUAUUAUGAUUAAUGCAAUUCUGCCGUAAUGACACACUGCCCGGUGCUGGUCCAGUUUUGCAUAAAGAACUUGUUUGAUUUAAUUUAAUAUAGAGCAAGAACACCAAAUAUUUUUUUCCCUUUAGAAUAUUAUUGUACAUAGAUCAUUAUUAGAAAACAUUAAGUAUUUUUUUCUCGGAUAGGUAUGUCCCCUGUUCCUGUAUAAUAAAGUCCUAUAGAAAAAGAGACCUUAAUUAUAAAUACGUUACAUAUACAAUUAAUUUUACGAUAAAUAUCACAUGCAAACUCUUUUUUGUGCUAUACAUUUUAUAUUUCCUUAAUUGAUACAGUAAUUUAAUUAUUAUAUGAAUUUAUAUAUUCAAAGUGUCUCUAUGUUUAAAUUAUAUUAAAUGAUGUACGAUAUCACACAUCCGAGUACAAAGUAGCUUAUUUUCUUUCUAUAUAAACAUAGAUAGGAUGUAUUCAAAUUGUUUUUCUCUUGUUGUGCGCAUUCGACAAACAGAUUGCGUAACUUAUAAUGAAUAAUCUGGCUCGUGUAUGUUGGAGUUAAUAUGUGAUAUUAAUAUUGUAUUUAUGCUAACCGCAUCAACGAAUUUUGCUUUAUUUUUCUGUCUGUUUUGUGAUAAAUAUAUUUAAUAAAAAAAAGGACGACAGAUUUCGAUACAUGGCGGCAGCGAAAAAGAAUGUAUGUAUAUCUGCACUACAUCGUCCGAAUAUAGCAGGUUGGUAAUCGAAAGAGUUAUCGUACCAUUUAUAGAAGGAGUUUUAAUAUUGCGUUUAGCGAUACUACACAUACAAAUCAUUUUUCAUACAAUCUCCAUAUACUUGAGUAUUAUCUGUACAAUAUAUACAUAUAUGGAAAACCAAAGAAACGACAGUACUGAAAGAUGAUAUUGAAAUAUUCUUUCUCCAUAAAUAGUACGAUGCCUUUUCUUACCAUACAUGUAUGAUACAUAUAAUUGUGUAAUACUUGUUGCUCACUGUAAAUCGAACGCUGGAAUUUUACGUAAGAUUUAUAAUAGCCUCAUAUUCUAUUUAUUUAUUCAAAAUGUCAAUUUAUGUGAUUGUAUUCAGUAAAAUAUUAUAUUUAUCUUAGCUUAUUAUUUAAUUGAAAAUGUAUUUGCAGGAUACUGGAACAAGUAUUCUUUCAUUAUCUAUUCUUUAUGCUUUAUUCAAUGACAAGCGCAAAAAGACAUUAACUAUAAUUCGAUUUUAUUGUAACAGCUCACUCUCUCUUUUAUUUAUCACAUUUUCGUAUUAUUAAUCGAAUAUACCGUUAAACGAUCAUAAAACUCUUUAAUAAAAUAAUAAAUUUUGUCAAUCUCUUGAAUAGAAUGUACAAAAAUAAUUACAAAGGCUUUCCAUACAGAAAAUGGAUUGGAGUUUGUUGAAGAUUAUAUGCCUAUUUGAAACUAGUGAUAAUAAUAAUCUUGCUUUUUCAGAAAGGAUGCACAUAAAAUAAAAAAAGUAGAGAAAUCGUUUAAUAUAUUUAUGUAUCUAAUAGCGCUUGUGUUUAAAAAGACGAAGGAAUAAGAAGAUAUAUGAAAAAUGUCAUAAUUAUAAGACCCUAUGAAGUAAAAAAAGAAAUGUUUUCCCUCUAAAUUUAUUUCAGUUUCCAUUCAUAAGUUAUUGUUUGCACAGAAAAAAGCACUUUGUAAAAUUAAACAUGAUUUAAAGUUUAGGAACACAUUUCAUCACAUAUAAAUAUAAUCAUAGGGUGUAGCUGCAAUAUUCUAUAUUAUAAAAAUCAUAUAUAAAAUUUCAAACAGGCAAUAAUUUAUUUCUAUAGCAAUUCUUUUAUCAUAUGUAUGAUACUCGACUUCAAACACAUAAGCAAGUGUAUUAAACUCAGUGUUCUUAUUAUAUUUAUUAUGGUAUUAAUGUUAUCAGUAUUAAAAUAUUUAUAGGAUAUUCUCUCUUUAAUGUCUUUAUCGCGAUUAUUUGAAAAGCAAAAUUUUAGCUAGUAUAGAUUGUAGAUAUCGAAAUAUUGCUCUACCAAAAAAUAUAUAGAUGAUAUUUUAUCGUUAAAAAUAUGCAAUACAAAGAAGUCCAGUUUUAUUAGCGGUAAUCUCUCAUUUAAUAACAAUAAUAAUAAUAUAGAGGAAAACUAUAUAGUUUUCCACUAUAUCUAUUGGUUUCCUUGAUCUCUUCUUCCAUCAUAUAAUAUACUAGUUUGCGAGUAUUUUACGUACAGAUAAUGUACAUUAUUGCAUUUUAUUAUCGCAUUGUACGGUAUAAUAACGCGAUGUAAGGCAAUACGAUACAGUAUAAAACACAUCAUAGUAAUAAUAUAUAGCUCAUUAAAAAAAAUUCAAAUUGUAUAAAAGAAAACUCAAAGUAAAUUUAGCGAUAUUAAUCAUAGUAUUAGUCAAUUUUACUUCGAUUACGAUCUUUCAUCCGUUUACGCUCAAAUAUGUAUUAUGAUCGAGAUCCCCUGAGCAUUUAAAUCAAGUGUAUUAACUGUCGAGCGAAUUUGUAGUCGGCUAGAUUUUAAGCUUGAUUAGUGCCUCUAGAUAUAAGUACUCAAAAAUUAAAACAAUCUAGUUUAACUUGCAAAAUAAAUCUUUAUUUACCAG